UUUUUUUUAAUUUUUAAAUUUUUUUCCCCUAUUAUUUUUUUCUAUUAUUUUAUUUUACCAGCUCCAAUUUAGCCCAGGAUCUUUUAACUGCUGCCAGCGGUGGAGCGCAGAUCGGGAUUAGAUCUUUUCCUCCCCUGUUCCCAAGAUCCUCCUCCUGAGCGGCCACCAUGGGAAGUAAGACCCUGCCGGCCCCCGUGCCUAUCCAUCCUUCCCUCCAGCUCACCAACUACUCCUUCCUGCAAGCGUUCAACGGGCUGCCCGCCGUGCCCUCUGACCACCUCUCCAACCUCUACGGCUUCAGUGCCCUGCACGCUGUACACCUGCACCAGUGGACUUUGGGGUACCCGGCCAUGCAUCUGCCCCGCUCCUCCUUCUCCAAAGUGCCCAGUGUCUCGAGCCUGGUGGAUGCACGGUUUCAGCUGCCAACCUUCCCGCUUUUCCCACAUGUCAUCCAGCCCAAGCAAGAGGCCACCAGUGUGACCCUCAAAGCCAAACCCCGCUUCGACUUUGCCAAUUUAGCAGUGGCUGCCACACAAGAGGAUCACUCUAAACUGGGACAGGCAGACAGUCAGGGCUCACCCCCAGGACUGGGGUCUUUGCUUGAGGUGACUAAACUCUCUCCAGAGAAGAAACCCACGCGAGGAAGGUUACCAUCCAAAACCAAGAAGGAGUUCGUGUGUAAAUUCUGUGGCAGGCACUUCACCAAGUCCUACAACCUUUUGAUCCAUGAAAGAACCCAUACUGAUGAACGGCCCUACACAUGUGACAUUUGCCACAAGGCCUUCAGAAGACAGGAUCACCUGAGGGAUCACAGAUAUAUCCAUUCUAAAGAAAAGCCUUUUAAGUGUCAAGAAUGUGGGAAAGGAUUUUGCCAGUCCAGAACACUAGCUGUCCACAAGACACUGCACACGCAAGUAAAGGAACUGAAACCUGCCAAACUUAAGUGCUGAAUCUCCAACUUCUAUGAACUUUUUCUCCCCUUCAGACUUUACACCAAAAACAGAGCAGAAACAAAACUUCCAGAAUGGGAGCACUGAACUUGGUGUUUUGUUUUUGUUUGUACUUUAAAAAGAGUGAAAUCUGCACCCACCCCCUCGCCCAAGCAACUAAUUUCCUAAAUCGUGGGUGAAAAGAUUAUUUUGCAUCUAAAAUACACGUGAACGAUGCAGAGUGCUAGCUGACUUGUGUGGCUUUGAUAAACUUUAUGCCAAAAGGUGGUGCUCACGUGUUGGACAGGAGUCUUUUUAAAACCAAAAAACCCCCCACAAGCUCCCCCCCCCCCGCCCCCCCCAAGAAAAAACCCCAAAUCGUAACUUCCAAAAAUAUUCCUUUUUUUUAAAAAA